AUGCCAUCCACAGAGCUCUCGUCCCUUCAGCGGGAUCUGCCUCGGCGAAUCAUCAAGAAGCGAGGGACCACUCGCGAGCGAACAGGGUGUCUGACCUGUCGCAAAAGGAUACCCGGUCUGCAAGGAAUGCGUGCGUUUGAACUAUAUGUGCAAAUGGGAGGCCCCGAGACCCCUGGCCGAAGAUUACCCCGACAUGGACUCUCUCUGCAGAGUGGGCAAUCGUCCAGUGGACCUGUUAGAUUGUCGAGCGCGCCCGACCCAGUCAAUGAACAUUCCGAUGGCACUUCGCCUAUGAGUCGUCGGCAUUUCCUCCGAUAUUACACGCAAAUCUUUACCUACCUCAUGACUACGAAUGUGGAGAACAAUUCGUUCCUUUCAGGUGAGACAUCCACACAUUCAAUUCGCCCGCAUCCUGCGAUGUCUGAUCAUGGAUUAGUCUUACUCCCCAUGGCCAUGCAUAGCCCGCCGGUACUAAACACGUUAAUCGCUUGGUCAUCCGCGCACCUGUCCUUACGGGACAAAUCAUUUGAGCACGUGGCCAUGCAGAACCGAUGUGCAGCUCUCAGAGAUCUGCGGAACGCACUCGAAUCCAAUUUAGCCAAUGUGGAGACAAACCUGGCUAUGUCGUUGAUCCUUUUCUCCCUAGAGAGCAUCAUGGCAGACAAAAUGGUGACGCAUGGUACCUACACCUUGUGGGAGCGUCGGGGAUGA